CCAACUAAAACACAACUCUGAACCUACUACUAUCAGCAGGGGUGGGAAAUUUUUUGUUGCUCUUCUUGCCUGUGAUAUACGGUACAGGGGUUGGCCCUGGUUUGGUCCACCUGCCAGAGGAGUUUAAAGUUUCCGAGGCUCGGAAGAACACAACGACUUGGAUCAAAAGGGCUAAAUGGAGAGAAAGGUAUUUCUGCUGCACCGAGGAAGCCAUUAAACUCCUGCUAAACUAUCUAUUUUUUAUGCGUCCAUGCACAGGACCGACUUCUUCUAUCACCAACUAGAGAUUAUUUCUGACAAUCCAGGAUACUCCGAAGCUUGGAGAUUUAUGGCUAGAAAAUGAAACGACGCUGGAGUGUAUCCACAUUACAUUGUGUUGCGUGUUUGGUACAGUCAGUGAAUGGCGCAGAGAUGUGAACGGACAAUUUUAUGUGAUUUUUCUCCCUUAACGCUAAAACAGACUUCAUUUCCAUUUUUUUAGGUCUAUACUAGUAUUUUCCCCAUCUCUGCAAUAUCAAUUAAUUCAACUUUGCAGUGGAGCGGCCAAAAAGGAAGAGGGUGAAGUGGUCUCUAUAAUUUUAAUAAGAGUCAGAGGAGUUACAGCGCCCAGGGAACUGCGGCUGCGACCCGCGGCGUUCUGUGCAGAUUGCAAGGUUGAUAUCGCACAGCCAGUUAUGGAGCGGACAAGGCACUCGAUCCUCCGCCGAAGAUAGAGACCCGGGCGGCGGGAGGGUUCAGCAGAUCUUGCACUACCCUUGAAGGCCUCUGCUGCCUCUCAUCUGCAGCGUUUUAUUACCAUUAUCAUCGUUCUUGAGAAGUCAUGGAAGACGGGCUGCUACCAGACCUCAGAGACAUCGAGCUGAAGCUGGGGCUCAAAGUACCGGAGAGUCUAGUGCGCUCGCUCCGUGGGGAGGAGUCGGUUCCCCUGAAUAGGGACAAGGACCCCUGCGGGGGGAGCGGCGGAGGUGGCGCAGGCUGCAGUAGCAGCAGCAGCUGCUGCAGCUUCUCUCACUCCUUGUCGUCCUCCUCUUCGUCCACCCCAACCUCUGGCUCCCCACGACGUAGACAUUCCAGCACCCUGGAGAGGCUGGAAACCAAGCUUCACCUCCUCAGGCAAGAGAUGGUUAAUCUCAGAGCCACAGAUGUCAGGCUCAUGCGCCAGUUGCUUGUUAUCAAUGAGAGCAUUGAGUCCAUCAAGUGGAUGAUUGAAGAGAAAGCCACUAUUACUAGCCGAGGCAGCAGUCUCAGUGGCAGCCUGUGCAGUUUAUUGGAGAGUCAGAGUACCUCUUUACGUGGCAGCUACAGUAGCCUACAUGAUGACAGUGAUGGGCUGGAUGGUAUCUCUGUGGGGAGCUAUCUGGACACGUUGGCAGAUGAUGUCUCAGGCCAUCAAACCCCGUCAGACUUGGAACAAUUCGGUGACAGCGCCAUAAUAGAAGACUCCCAGGCACUGCACAAGCAUCCCAAAUUGGAUUCUGAAUACUACUGCUUUGGCUAAUGAACUAGGCUUUUGCAUGGGAUUGGUGUGCAAUUAACUUGUAUUUAUCUUUCUUCUCUGCUGUUACAUAUUUGGUGUGAUUUUUUUUAUAUAACAGCCUUUUAAAAAGAAGCUUAUUUUGAAACUGCUUGAUGAUAUUUCUGUUGCUCCUAAUAUUUCUUAUCUAGACUGAUUUACCUUUCUCUCUUACAUCUCUAAUUUUAUUUAUUACAAUGAUUUUUCUCCCUUCCUUUAUAGUGGCGCAAAUAAAGUAGGGAGAAAGAAUAAGCAAUAAUCACGUUUUUGCUUUUGUUUUCAGAGCAAGGGUCAGGGAUUGCUAGAAAAACUUUGCUAAAUUUUACAAUAAACCAAAGUCUGAUAACAGUUAA